GCACACACACAUUUCAUUUCACACUCAUUCACACAUCUCCCGUUCAGUGUUUCUGUCGCACACACACACACACACACACACCCACACGCACACACACACACACACACACACACACAUUCACAAAAGGCAGUGAAUGCUUUACAGUGUGUGUGUGUGUGUGUGUGUGUGUGUGUGUGUGGUCAGAGAGGUCAGAGGUCAGUCAGUGGUUUCAGACACAAACACAGGAUCCUGUCAGUGUGAAGUUGCGUGUCCUGUGACGUCCGUCUGUUUCACCGUGGGUUCGAUUUCAGAGCGAAACGCCUCGAUCUGACCGCUCGCCCACUUCCUUCCUGAGCAAGCGUGUGCGUGUGCGUGUGCGAGUGUGUGCGUGAGGUCAUGUCAGGCAUGACGAGCGGCGUGUGUGUGGAGAGUGACCUCUCCUCGAUGCUCCAGAGAAGCUCCGCCCCCUCGCACCAUCACCCGAAUCACCACGGUUACGGCGGACAGGGACAGGUGUCGAGUUUGGCGCCGAUGUUGGACUACACCACGGAGAUGGACCGCUACCGUUCGUCCAUCGCCAGCUUCUAUAAGACCAACGUCAACAUGAACAUGAACGUCACAAACUUCCCGCAGUCUGCCAAACUGGCGGCCCGUCUGGCAGCCGCCGCUCCGAUCUUCCCCCCCGCUGCGGCCAGGCUGGGCGCUAUGGCGACGGCGCCCUGGGGUUGCCACGACAACAUGAACAUGAACGUGAACAUGAACCACCCGGCGGCAAUGUUCUGGGGGCGGCCCAAACCCGUGGCCGCCGCCCCGACGCAUCAUCACCACCAUCACCACCACCACCCCUCGGCAACGCCGGGGCACAUGACCUCCUCGCACCCCCACGGUACCAGCAUGCACCAGGGCGGAGGGGGGUCGGGAGGGGGAGAAGGAGGAGGUGGGGGGAGCAGUGAGGGGGGAGGAGCUGAAAAACACGGACACACCGCCUCCUCACUUCCUGUCCCACAGGGGACAGCGCAUCAUCAUCCGAUGGCGCCUAGCAACGGGAACUUUCUCCCCGGUUAUGGCGGCGGAGCGGACUGCGGCGUCAUGAACAAACAGGGACACGCCCAUCCAGACAUGAUGGGCCUAUCAGAGGGUGGGAGCUGCAAUGGGGGAGGGGUGAUGGGCGGUAGCUUCCUGGGGGGGCUGGGAUUACCCCCCGGGGUCAUUGUCAUGGCGAUGGGGUCGGCAGGGGGCGGGAUCUCAGACGCUGGCAGCGCCUUCCAGAUGACAGGCGGUCAGCGGGCACUAACGGACUGCCAGCAGCACGCCAACUCCUCCCCCUGCCCCUCCUCCUCCUCGCCCUCGUCGUCCGGGGUGACGGCGGGGGGUGUGGCCCUGUCGUCGUCAUCGUCUUCGUCAUCGGGGGCGGUGGCGAAGAGGAAGAGGAAGCGGUGUGGCGUGUGUGGGCCGUGCAGGCGGCUCAUCAACUGCGGCGUCUGCUCGUCCUGCCGCAACAGGAAGACGGGUCACCAGAUCUGCAAGUUCAGGAAGUGCGAGGAGCUGAAGAAGAAACCGGGGGGAGGAGGCGGGGGCGCUGGAGUGAACUCGUCAUCACAUUGUCAGAAGGAGUCACGUUAUAUUUCUCACUUCUUCUUCUCUUCCUCUCAUUCUUAG